AUGGAGGAAGCCGAAGAGGUAAGAAAGGAAGCCGGCCGCCCGCCGCCCGCCGCCCCAGAGCUUACCCUUCUCUCCACCCUUUCCCCGGAAAGGGUGAGGACCCAAGAAUGCGAUGCCGAUUCUUCCUUCGUCUUCCGGAGGAGGGGAUGCGUAGCGGAUUCUUCAUUCCUCGAAGAUUUUUUAUUCUGGGGUUGAUUUCUCUCUGUAAUCGAGAUCAGUGGUCAGCGUGGGCUUUUGUUUGUCUGGGCAGAAAAUGGCGGCUCUGAAGAGGGCGUAUGCGGACGUUAUACUGAACAUGGCUAAGGAGUCGGCAGCCCGUGUUAUGGCCUCGGAGCAGAAGGCUCUCCGCUUCCAGCAGGACCUAUACCGGACCAAGGAGGAGGCUGUCAGCACUCUUCUUCGCGUCAAGGGCAUAAUGGAUUCCAAGGUCUGUACAGCGGCGAUGACCCUACUCUUCUUCUCAUAUCGCUCUGGGAUUCCUCUAAAGAACAGAAUGAAAGUGAUCAAUAGUUUCAUUCAGGUCUGCACAUCAAGAUUUUUUCCUCCUUUGAGCUUGGUGGUGUCGCGGUUUGUGCUUUGUUCCGUAAUCACCGUGUGCCCGCAUGAAUUGUGUUCUUAAGUAUAUCUUGCCAUCUUUAAAUUAGCAUCGGUACUGGAUAUUAUGCCUGGAGAAACUCAGCUGAUAAUUACAAUCAACCCCUUAGAUUGGGGCAAAGGGCAACCGAUACCAAUGCCAUGUGGAAGAGAUUUUCUGGUGUUCUUGACCCAUUAGAACUCGCAUUUACAGUGCCUGCGUUCUUUGACUGGGUAUUUCGCAUUUUGUCAUAUUAGUGAAUGCAUAUUUUGUAAUCGUGUUGUGCUGAUUUAGGUUAUGAACCUCGACAGUUCUUUCAUGGCUUCCGACCAAGCAGCGAACCUUACACAAACAAGCUUUUUUUAUCAAAUUUCCUUUAAUCCAUUAACACUGUUUAGAUUCGUCAGUAGUACUCCUUGGUGGAACGGUAAUUUUUACUUUCAUCUGUUUAUAUAUGUUUAUUGUGCAUAUUUUUGCGAUUUUGUGCUAUUUCCUUUCUUCAUGAUAUAUUUUUUCCCGAAGCAUUUUGUAUAAUUUUUUCGGAUCAAUUUACUAAAAUAUGUCCGCAUCUGAAUUUUCUUCACCUCAUCCAAAUGCCUUAUGCGUAGCAUUGUUCCUCUCUCUCAAGGAGAAAGCUAAAAUAUUUUUGUCUGAGAAAUCGCCGUCCCAACUGAACGUGGGCAGUAUUCAGUUCAUUGGGUUAAGAACUCUCAUCAGGAUUCGUUCAGUUUCAUUUUCUUAUCCAUGAAAUGGCUCAUGAGAGAUCAUCGUUGUCCACAAUUCUACUCUUUUCUGAUGGGCCUCAAUCAGCUGCUAGUGCAUAGACCCAUGGAUUCUAUCCAAAUCCUGCCAGAGAAAGACCAUAGUUUCAGCAUAAGGUUUCUUUAUGCGGGUUGGAUAUUACGGAAUGAGUCUAUGGUUAUCAAGAUGAGCCCUAUUGCGCACAUCACUGAUUGAUUGGUCUUGAGUUAGAUGACCUGAUUUUGCGUAGUGCCAUAAGAGCCAAUAGUUGCCCUCAGAUUGAGCACAUCUAUUUUGUUCAUCUGCCGAGGCUCUGAAGUUGGCUUGCACAUGAGGGCCAUGUUAAGAAUAGUCCCAUAUUGAUUAUUAUAUAAAGAAACUUGGAUUAUGAAGAGUCAAUGCCUAAAGAUCUGCUUCCACGUGAGUGGGGGUGCGAAGAAUAGUCCCAUUCUGCUGUUACUAUGGGGUUAUAUAGGUUGUCCCCAACUCUACCUUCUUUGAAAGCACUGCAUUCUGCAGAAGAGCCUGCGAAAGGCUUUCUCUUUUCUUGCAUACCAUGUAUAACUAAUGUUUAUCAGCCUUCAUGAAAUAUAGACAUUUUUUGUAUCUCAUUUAAGUAAUGUUUUUAUGUGUGGCUCUCCAUAUUUCUUCCUUGGAUUCUUAAACCUCAGAAGCUCCAACAGGGGACUUCGUCAUGGCAUUUCCUUUUGAUGACUGCAUUUCUCUUUCUAUCUUCUUUUCCAAUUCAGAUGUCAGCUUAUCUUCUUGUCACCAUUAUUCAUGCUCCUUAAUGACUGAGGUCAAUCCCCCCUCCAAGCCCCCCAAAGGCUUACGAGUUGUAGUUGGCUUCCUCUUCAUGAAAGAAGGUUCUGCAUAGAUUUACAUUUCUCUGUAGUUAACUGAUGUAAUCAGGAUAGUCUAUCUGCCUGAGGUUGACUUGAGAAAUUCUUCUCUUCUCGAGAAGAGAAGAUAAAGUCAAGAGGCUUUGACCACAAGAGGGAACAGAAAAUAGCCAGGACAUUAUCUCUAUUUUGAUGCGAGAAAUAGAGAUCUGAAUCACAACGAGCUGGGGGCUGGCAUUGCAACCCUUGAGAGCAAUCAUUCUAUAACCAUUGAGACACCAAAGUUUAAAAGAUUUCUAGUUUGGCAUAUCCAUGUACUUUCAACUUGCUGUCAUCUCCUCUAUUCAAUCAAGCCGGAUUAAUGGCUUUCCCUUCUCCAUUAGCAGCUCUGUCAAAGAACCAGUAGAUGUAAUUUGAUGUGACACAUCAAUUCAUAAAAAGAGAAAGGCGAAAAAAACUUGACCCAGGUGACCUGAAAACGAAAAACUGUGGACUACAAAUAUUUGAAGCCCAAAAUGAGAUCAAGCUCAAGUAAAUUGUGUGAAUCAUGUGUUAGUUUUUAGUUUUAGGUAAUAUUUUGUUGUUAGGUCGUUUAAAAUUUAUUUUUGUAACUGAACCAAUUUUCUUGGAGAAUUACACGUGAUUUUGGGUCUAUUUAAUGGCUAGAAUGCUGUAAUGGGAGAUGAUUAUUACGAUUUUUCGUUCUAUUUUUUAUUCGUAAAAUAUGAAUUUUUUUCUUGUAAGAAAUUAAAUUAAAUGGUUAUUGUUUUCUUCAUAAUUAAUACUAGGUUCAAUGAGUUAAACUGAGUGCCCUGUGGAUUCUAGGUUCGAUUUUCUAUUUCCUGGGACUUCCCUGACAUGAAGUAGUCUCAAAGCAACCCUUGUGGAUUCAAGGGCAUAAUUUGAUCCUUAUGGAUUCGAGGGAUCAUCCAAAAUCAGUCCUUGUGAAAUCAAGUAUAAAAGAAAUUUGUGCCUUAUGGAUUAAAGGGCAACCUUUGUGGAUUCAAGGGCAUUACUUGAUCCUUGUGGAUUCAAGGAUGAUCCAAAACCAGUCCUCGUGAAAUCAAAGAUAAAGGAAAUUCGUACCUUGUGGAUUCAAGGUUGCAUCAUAGUUAUACAGUACGACUUCUAUUGAAGAAAGGCUUAAGAGAAAAUCAUUUUCCCUCCUGAUGCCAAAAAGGCCUCAAUCUCGACCCAUUCCACUUUUGGUCAAACUUUUUUUAUGAUGCCAGCUCCCCCUUUGGAUUCUAGUGGUACCAUCCAAGGCAUUCGGAGCCAUGCGUCUUAGUCCUUGAAGAAAGCACUAAAAUUAAUUUUUUUUGUUAUUGCCCCCAGCCUUGUUAUAUUGAUGACCAGGACCUGCAUUCAAUAUUUCAUACAUCUAGUAUAGUAUCUAAUUUUUCAAUCAACCAAUGGUGCUGAUCCUAUGUAUAUUAUAAUGGAAAACGGUCUGUGCCCUCUUUGUGCCUACCCCGUAAGACCUGCAAGGUGAUCCGUCCCUGAGGCAUGCUCUCUCUCCGUCUGGCUACAGCGAGGUUGAAAGCCUUUUUAAUUUAAGCAUUUGUCUAAACUAUUCUCUUGUUUUAGCUUCUGGCGUACAUUUCGUUGGAUAAUAGAAGGAUCCAGAUGUAGAGUUUCAGACAUGGGGAAGGGGUAGUCCACGUGAGACCUGAUAUGGGCCUUAAUUUAGUGUGUAAACCUCUCACUAGACGUCCGGGCAUCUUUUCUGAUCAUCCUGUCGUGGCUUUCUAAGGGCGUGUUGGGUAUUUAUUGUCUUUACUAUUUCUACAGGGCAUUUAAAAUGAUUUUAACAAGGAAAUGAUUCCACGAAUUUUUAUUUUUUGUUUGGUUUUAUGUUUCGGAAUCAUUCCCCUCAUUCAUCCUCGAGGAGGUAGAUCCUAAGUCUUCUCGACUGUCCGAUUAAAAAAUAUCAUUUUCUUGGGAGAAACAGUACGUCUGCAUGAAUGUGGAGCUCAGGCUCUUGCUGUCUCUGCAGAUGAAGGACGUAGAGAGCACGGCCUCUGGCCAGCUGAGGAGGAUCCAGGAGCUCGAAGCUCAGCUUGCCAAAGCAGAGAACACGAUAGCGUACCUCAGAAUGGAGCUGAAGAGGGCGGAUGACGGCGGCGCGACCGUAGCGCAGGAGAAGUACGGGUCGGAGGAUCGAUGCUGCUCGCCGUUGAAGAAGAUGGGGCCGGUGGGGCUGAUGGGAGACACCAUGCCGCAGAACCCCAGCAUUGUGGGCGGUGCCGAAAUAGCGUCCAUGAUACUGGGGAGCAAGAAGGCCGAGUCCUACAGGAACGGGUGCACCCAGAGGAUAAGGGCGCUUGAGCAGAAGCUCAGCGUCGGCGGCUCAAUGCCUCGUCUGGAGCAGGAGGAAGAUAAUGGGGCGGCCGAGGAAGAGAUUCCUCCUAUUUAUGGUUCGCCAGAGGCGGGCGACGGGAGCUUGUCGCGGGCGGAGGGCGAGGACCCCCCGGUCUCCCCCGUCGGCUCCGGAUCGGAUGGUGGGUCCAGACGGCCAGAGCGAGGGGACGGCGGCUCCGCCCGCAGCCUGAAACGAGAUGCCUCGUCGGCCCUUACAAGAUGCCGCCAUAGUAAGAGAGUCCCCCCGAACAUGGAGCCUGAGAGCAAGCUGUCACCGGAAAGCUUUGCCGAAGCCGAGACCGUCUCCGGCGCGCGGCCUUUCUGGGAGAAGUCGUCUGAAUUGGUGGCGGGAGCUACUUUCGAGGAGGAGGGAUCGAGACCUAGCCUGGCGGAAGCAGAGAACCCUGAGGCCUCCGACGACCGGUGUGACGAGGACGGGCCACCUGCGGACAAGGACGGGGCUCCUCCCCCGCAGCUCCUCCAAGGCGCGGGGGACAGGAUUCUGAAAUACACCUUCAGGAGGAAGCGCAAGAGGGGAUCCCCGACCGGCGCUGAACCAGACACCCCGCCGGAGAGGGACGGCGUCUCGCCGGAGCCGCCGCAGAAGACCGCCUCCUCCUCCUCGAGGGGCUUCUCCCGAGACAACCGGAGGAUCGUCCAGGUUGCCCGUCAGGUUAGUCCGCCCCCGCCCUACUUACCAAGUAGAGAGGAGAUGAUGCCGCCACCAACCCUUGCUGCUUCCGCCAGCCGCCCAUGAAGGCGUGUCGUCUGACCAACUGAGUUGCUCUCUCUGCAGCUCAUCUCCCUGUCGGAGAAGAGGUGGUAG